CCGGCCUACGUCUAGUGGUGCCCUCGGGUCCCCGUACAAAUAAAUCUCCAGCAAAUUGCUCAACCAACGAUCGCUUUCUGCCCACUGCAGACGAACGAACUAUGGCGCUGUGUCAAAACCGCCUGCACGAGGAGCGAAAGCAGUGGCGCAAAGACCACCCCUUCGGCUUCUUUGCCCGACCGCAAAAGAAUUCCCAGGGUGUGCUCGAUCUGAAAGUUUGGGAGUGCGGAAUCCCCGGCAAAGAGAAGACGAUCUGGGAAGGGGGCCUAUUCAGAAUGACGGUCACGUUCCCCGAUGAAUAUCCCACGAAACCUCCCAAGUGCAAAUUUGUACCCCCUCUCUUCCAUCCUAAUGUCUACCCAUCGGGUACCGUCUGCCUCUCUAUCCUGAACGAGGAGGAGGCCUGGAAGCCGGCUAUUACGGUCAAGCAGAUUCUUCUCGGCGUACAGGACCUGCUCAACGACCCCAACCCCGAGUCACCUGCCCAGGCGGAAGCUUAUAACCUUUUCAAGAAGGAUCGAGCCGAGUACGACCGCAGAGUAAAGCGUACGGUGCGCGAGAAUGCCGCACCAUGAACAGCCCAAGCCCCCCAAAGCUACAAUAUAGUGGAGGCGACAUUUAUCUGAGAGAAAUGGGUGACUUGCCGGGAAGAAUUAAGGAGUUUAUGGGAUACCAUAGUGGCUUGCAGGAUGCUUGGCGUUUACACGGCAAAAAGCGGCGGAGCGUCUUGUCCUCGGAGCUGCUAGUAGGCAGCAUGGUGUGGGUAUGGGUUCAGGGCAAACAGGGAAAGAAACCGGGGAUCGUGAUGUCCGACAUGGGGGUGGCUCAACCCAACGAGCGGCAUGAUGGCAAUUAGCAAUGGAGUCUGGGCAGAUUCCCCCGCAACGGCCGGAUCUGCAGAGCUGGCUG